AUGUUGAUGUCAUUUGAGGCUUUUGUGCGGAGCGAGACUGCUUCCUGGGAUGCAAAUGCGCCCGUACACGAGGAGUGGCUGAAAGUUAAGCAUCUCCUGACAACGACAGCCGCUAAAGCUUUCGGUUAUCAGAAAGUAAAAUCGCAAGAUUGGUUUGCGGAAAACGUGGAGGAAAUUCGACUAUUCGACCAGUUGUAUUGUGUCAGGGUUGCGCAGACGUACCUCCCAUCACGCUGA